UGUAGAUCAAGAUUAUUGUCACCAUGGGAAGCCACAUAAGCAAAAAGCAAGGUCAUGAAACAACAACCUCAUCAAUCAACAAUCUCCACAACAUAUCAACCGAGCUCAACUCGUACGAAGCCGCAUGCAAACUCGACAUCGAUUUGCAAUCUUUCGACGCGACCCUCCAAUCGAGAACCCACAACGUAAUCAACUCCUUGGCCGUGGGGGUCGAGGUGAAAGCAUUGUCAUUCGAUUCCCUAAAGGAAGUCACCGAAUGCCUCCUAGAAAUGAAUCAAGAAGUUGUCAAAGUUAUCUUGGAUUGCAAGAAAGACAUUUGGAAGAAUCAAGAAUUGUUCGAUCUAGUUGAGGACUACUUCGAAAAUAGCCUCAAAACCCUCGAUUUCUGCACCGCCCUCGAAAAAUGUCUGAAACGAGCUCGAGAUAGCCAACUUCUCAUCCACGUGGCGCUUCAACAAUUCGAAGACGAAAACAGGGUUGAAGGUGGUAGUAGUGAAGUAAGGUAUUCUAAGACAUUGGAGGAAUUAAGGAACUUUAAGGAUGUUGGAGAUCCGUUCACCGAGGAUUUUUUCGUAAUUUUCCGAUCGGUGUACAAAAACCAAAUGCUUAUGCUUGAGAGGCUACAAAAGAAGAAGAAUAAAUUGGAUAAGAAGUUGAGGUCCUUGCAUGCAUGGAGGAAGGUCUCGAGCGUAAUCUUUGCCGCCACCUUCGCGGCGGUUUUGAUAUGCUCGGUGGUGGCGGCCGCCAUGGCAGCGCCGCCAGUGGCGGCGGCGCUGGCGGCCGCAGCCUCGAUCCCUCUAGGGUCGAUGGGGAAGUGGAUCGAUUCGCUUCUGAAAAACUACGAGAACGCGGUGAAGGGGCAAAAGGAGAUGGUGAAUUACAUGAAUGUGGGGACUUAUGUUGCAAUUAAGGAUUUGGAUAAUAUUAGGGUUUCGAUCGAGAGGUUGGAGAUCGAUAUCGAGUCGAUGUUGAAGAAUGCCGAUUUUGCCCUUAGUGGAGAGGGUGAUGUGAAGGCUUGUGUGGAGGAAAUUAGGAGGAAAUUGGAUUUGUUUAUGAAGAAUAGUGAAGAAUUAGGGGCUCAAGCUGAUAAUUGCAGUAGGGAUAUUCGGAGGGCUAGAACGGUAAUUCUGCAGAGGAUUAUCAAACACCCCAACAAUCAUUAGUGAAGAUAGAAAACAUAAUUAAUUAAUUAAAUAAUUAA